AUGGGGAGCUGCGCGCGGCUGCUGCUGCUCUGGGGCUGCUCCGCGGUGGCCGCAGGACUGAGUGGAGUGGCUGGAGUGAGUUCCCGCUGUGAAAAAGCCUGUAACCCUCGGAUGGGAAAUUUGGCUUUAGGGAGAAGACUCUGGACAGACACCACCUGUGGUCAGAACGCCACUGAACUGUACUGCUUCUUCAGCGAGAAGACUGAUCUGACUUGUCAGCAGCCCACAUGUGACAAAUGCAAUGCUGCCCAGCCUCACCUGGCUCACCUCCCAGCUGCCAUGGCAGACUCCCCCUUCAGGCAUCCUCGCACGUGGUGGCAGUCUGCUGAGGAGGUACACAGAGAAAAGAUCCAGCUAGACCUGGAAGCCGAAUUCUACUUCACUCAUCUAAUUAUGGUGUUCAGGUCUCCUCGGCCGGCAGCCAUGGUGCUGGACCGGUCCCAGGACUUUGGAAAGACAUGGAAGCCUUACAAGUACUUUGCAACGAACUGCUCGGCUACAUUUGGCCUGGAAGACGAUGUUGUCAAGAAGGGAGCUAUUUGCACUUCUAGAUACUCCAAUCCUUUUCCCUGCACUGGAGGAGAGGUUAUUUUCAGAGCUUUGUCACCACCGAAUGAUGAGAACCCUUACAGUGCCAAGGUGCAGGAGCAGCUGAAGAUCACCAACCUCCGUGUGCAGCUGCUGAAACGACAGUCUUGUCCCUGUCAGAGAAACCACCUGAAUGCAAAGCCUCAGCAUUUUACACACUAUGCAGUCUAUGAUUUCAUUGUUAAGGGCAGCUGCUUCUGUAACGGCCAUGCUGACCAGUGCAUACCUGUUGAUGGCUUCAGACCUGUCAAGGCCCCUGGCGCAUUCCACGUGGUCCAUGGAAAGUGUAUGUGUAAGCACAACACAGCGGGCACCCACUGCCAACACUGUGCGCCUUUAUAUAACGACCGCCCCUGGGAGGCAGCUGAUGGAAAAACAGGGUCUCCAAAUGAGUGCAGAACCUGCAAGUGCAAUGGACAUGCUGACACCUGUCACUUUGACAUUAAUGUGUGGGAGGCAUCAGGGAAUCGUAGUGGUGGUGUCUGCAAUGACUGUCAGCACAACACAGAAGGUCAGCACUGCCAGCGAUGUAAGCCAGGCUUCUACCGGGACCUCCGAAGACCUUUCUCUGCCCCAGAUGCUUGCAAAUUGUGUUCCUGUCAUCCAGUUGGAUCAGCUGUCCUUCCUUUCAGCUCGGUGACCUUCUGUGACCCCAGCAAUGGUGACUGCCCUUGCAAGCCUGGGGUGGCAGGGCCACAUUGUGAGAGGUGCAUGGUGGGGUACUGGGGCUUCGGAGACUACGGCUGCCGGCCUUGUGACUGUGCGGGGAGCUGCGACUCUCAUACAGGAGACUGCCUCAGCAGCAGCACAGACAUAGACUGGUAUCAUGAAGUUCCUGACUUCCAUUCCAUGCACAAUGAGAGUGAGCCAGCCUGGGAGUGGAAGGAUGAGCAAGGAUUUUCUGCACUUCGACAUUCAGGUAAAUGUGAAUGUAAGGAACAGGUGUUAGGAAACUCCAAGGCAUUCUGUGGAAUGAAAUACUCAUAUGUGCUAAAAAUAAAGAUCUUAUCGGCUCAUGAUAAAGGAUCUCAUGCUGAGGUCAACGUGAAGAUUAAAAAAGUCUUAAAAUCCACCAAACUGAAAAUUUUACGAGGAAAGCGAACGCUGUAUCCAGAAUCAUGGACUAACAGAGGCUGCACUUGUCCAGUCCUCAAUCCUGGUUUGGAGUACCUUGUAGCAGGACACGAGGAUGUAAGAACAGGCAAACUAGUCGUGAAUAUGAAAAGUUUUGUCCAGCACUGGAAACCAUCUCUUGGAAGAAAAGUCAUGGAUAUUUUGAAAAGAGAGUGCAAGUAA